ACGCAGGCAGUGCGAUGGACGUCUUGCACAGCAUGCAGAACUUCCUGAGAGGACGACCCAAAUCCUUCAAAUCCAUCGAUCACGCCAUUGAAUGGAGUGUAAAAAGUGGGCAGAUCAGAAACCUUGAAUCUGCUAAAGUGUCAAUGGUUGGACAAAUGAGACGGUGUGAGGUGGAGGAAGGCGAUUCGGCCGAGCCGGUGAGUCCGGUGACUGAGAGCGUGGCCGAGGGGCACGAGGAGUUUUACGACCUCAACUACGUGACGGAGAAAGCAGAGAGCAGCGCUUCAGCAGAGCCGUGCAGUGUGUACAGCUGGAGAAUCGACCUGUCUAAAGCAGAGAAAUACUGGGAUGGCUGGUUCAGAGGGAUAUCGAACCUCUUUCUGUCCUGCAACGUCCCAAAACUCCUACUGCUGGCAGGCAUUGAUCGACUGGACAGAGACCUGACCAUUGGACAGAUGCAGGGUAAAUUCAUGAUGCAGGUGCUGCCCCCUUGUGGACAUGCAGUGCAUGAGGACAUCCCAGAUAAAGUAAGAGCAUAUAUACAUUUCUAUUCAAAAGCUUGUGAUCACUGA